AUGGCAAGAGAGACAGGGGCACAGCAAACCAGUACCCACAGCAAAACGAACACUGAAGACAAAAAGCCAGCAAAACUUGGAUAUGCAGGAAUGCCGGUCUCCCACAUGGAGCGCUGCACACCACUCCAGGAGAGCUGCACAUCCCCUCACAGCCAACACAGACGAAAACGCCCGUCACUACGUCGGACGGUCUGCGGUGGGGCCUCGCAAAGCCCCCUGAGGGCGGCAGCACAGCAGAGACCCAAGAUGCCACACCGCUCCACUACCUCGCAACCAUCUCACCAGCGACAGGUUCAGAAGCGAUGGACUACUCUUUUAAGCCACGACGUGGCGCAGGACGAAGAGUCCCUGAGCAUACACAGGACAUUUAUUGCUGGACAGUACACACAUGGAAGCGGAGCACCCAGUCAAGGCAUCGGCUGA